AACUGAAACGGCAGAAAAAACCAGAAAGUUGUCCCUUUUGAAAAACUCACACUCUCUUUCUCUCUCUGCCUCAAGGCUCUCAAUCCACCGCCAUUGUUGCUCUGCUUGUGAUGGGUGACGCCACCUUCUUCGUGUCGUCCUCAUGGGGUGGAAACUUCGACGAGGAUACUACCGAGGAUGGCUCUCAAUCGAGUCAGUUCCAUUACUCGUCAUCGGAACCCUACAUGAUGGGGUUCGUGUUCGCCAACAUAGUGGGCCUCCAGUACUACCCCGGCACUAUCAGCGGCCGUGAGCUGGUGGGACUCGUCCGGGAGCCCCUCAACCCCUACGACUCCAACGCCAUCAAGGUCCUCAACACCCGGAACAUCCAGGUGGGCCACAUCGAGCGCUCCGUCGCGGCCAUCUUGGCCCCUCUGAUAGACUCCGAGAUGAUCAUCGCCGAGGGCAUUGUUCCCAACUCUCGCAGUUCGGGGAACCGGUACAAGAUUCUCUGCCAAAUUCACAUCUUUGCUCGGGAGGAGGCCGCGGAGACGGUCAAGGCCGCCAUUGCACGAGGCGGGUUGGACCUCAUAACGGAGACGAGCCCUUCCUUCGCGCUGUCCGAGGCGGCUGUUGUGAAGGGCAUGAGGAAGAAGAAGGGUAAGGGAGAGAAGAGGAGUUUGGAUGAGAUUUUUGACCUGGUCGAGAAGAACGUUAACGAGAAGGCAAAGAUGGAAACUUUGGCUCUGGAGCCGCCGAAGGAGGUCAUCAAGUCCGAACUGCUAGAGCACCAGAAGGUGGGGCUCGGGUGGUUGGUUCACCGAGAGAAUUCCGAGGAGCUGCCUCCGUUUUGGGAGGAGGAGAAAGACGGGAAGUACGUGAAUGUCUUGACGAACUUCGUUACCGAAGACCGGCCAGAUCCCUUGAGGGGUGGCAUUUUCGCUGACGAUAUGGGGUUGGGUAAAACUCUCACCUUGCUUUCUCUUAUUGCUCUCGAUAAGUUUGGUGGUCCUGGUAUAAGUGGUACCGUAAAUGCUAAGGAAUCUGGGGAAGAAGGCGAGACCUCUGAAUUUGUCCCACCAGUUUCGAGUAGUAGAAAGAGGGGCAGAGCACCCAAAACUGCUCGGUCUGUGAAGGAAUGUAAGACCAAGAAGAUCAGUAGGCCGAUGAGCAGCAGUGCUCAGAUAAAACAUAAGAUGACAUUAGUUGUAUGUCCUCCUUCAGUUUUCUCGAGUUGGAUAACUCAGCUAGGGGACCAUACUAUCCCUGGGAAGCUCAAGGUGUAUUUGUAUUACGGCUCAGACCGAACCAGUAGCCCCGACGAGCUUAGGAAAUAUGACAUUGUGCUGACUACUUACACUACGUUGGCUUCUGAGCAAGCUAAUCAAGAUGACACCCCAGUGGGGAGGAUUGAAUGGUGGAGAAUCAUUCUCGACGAGGCACAUCUGAUUAAGAAUGUAAAGGCACAGCAGAGUUUAGUGGUCACGAAUUUGAUUGCGGAGAGGAGGUGGGUCGUGACUGGGACUCCCAUACAGAAUGGAUCGUUUGAUUUGUUCUCUCUGAUGACGUUUUUGCACUUUGAACCAUUCUCAAUUAAGAGUUAUUGGCGGAGCUUGAUUCAGCGUCCCAUUAAUCAAGGCAAAAGCAUGGGACUGUCACGUUUGCAGAUUCUUAUGGCAACGAUUUCUUUGAGGAGAACAAAGGACAAGGCUUUGGCUGGGUUACCUAAGAAAACAAUAGAGACAUGUUUGGUCGAUCUUUCUCUUGAGGAGCGGAGAUUGUACGAUCAGAUGGAAACAGAGGCAAAGAACAUUGUCAGGAACUGUAUUCAGGGAGGUACUUUGAUGCAGAACUACACCACAAUUCUCAGUAUAAUUCUACGGCUAAGACAGAUCUGCAUAAGUUUGGCCCUGUGCCCGCCUGAUCUUAAAUCGAUUCUUCCAGCUGAAACCAUUGAAGACGUGUCGAAGAACCCUGAGUUGCUCAAGAAGGUGGUUGAGGUGCUACAAGAUGGAGAAGAUUUGGAUUGUCCCAUUUGCAUUUCUCCACCAACUGACAUAGUUAUCACUUGUUGUGCUCAUAUCUUCUGUCGAAACUGCAUUCUCAAAAUUAUGAAGAGCGUGAACAGCCGCUGCCCCCUCUGUCGCCGCCCAUUAUCAGAAGCCGACUUGUUCUCAGCCCCACCCAAAUCUCUCAAGAAAGAAGACCGAGAAACUCUGGAUUCAAAACCCACUGGCUCAGCCCCACAAUCGUCCAAGGUCUCUGCUCUAGUAGAACUUCUCAAGGCCUCAAGGGAUCAAAGCCCGGCAGUCAAGUCAGUCAUCUACUCGCAGUUUAGAAAGAUGUUAAUUCUGCUCGAAGAGCCCCUAAAGGAGGCUGGCUAUAAGAUACUGCGUUUGGAUGGGUCGAUGACUGCUAAGAAACGGAUCCAGGUGAUUGAAGAAUUUGAAUCAUGUGAGUCGGAUGGGUCCAUGGUUCUUCUGGCAAGCCUCAGGUCCUCAGGAGCAGGGAUCAACCUUACAGCGGCCUCAGUGGUGUACCUACUGGAGCCAUGGUGGAACCCAGCAGUGGAGGAGCAGGCAAUGGACCGGGUCCACAGGAUAGGGCAGACGAAGGAGGUCAGAAUCGUGAGGAUGAUAGCUCGGGACAGCAUCGAGGAGAGGGUUUUGGAGCUGCAGGAGACAAAGAAGAGGCUGGCGAGGGAUGCUUUUGUGGGAAAGGAAGGAUCCAAGAGCCGUAGGGAGGUCGGGGAGCAGGGCAUUCGAACCCUCAUGUCCCUGUAAAUAAUUCAACUGCUGGAGAUACUUGCAUUUUGCGCUUUUUUUUUUUUUGAUGUCCGUGUUCAAACAUGGAGGACAUGUUCCAAGGCAUCUUAUAUAUGGUAGUAAUCUGAUUUCAGCAUGCAUACAUUACAUGCUAAAUCCAACCGUGUCUGUGGUGACUGAUUAGGCAGCAUAUCAAGCAAGAGCGUUUGCUGUUCUGUUGUUACAUUUUCUUUGUUGGCUUUGAUGAAGCAGAGUUUUGGUUGAA